AUGGUGCAAGCUCCAGAGGGCGUCGUCUAUGUUGGAGACACCGCCAAGCUGCAAGAUUCGCACCGCUGGGUCGUCACUCUCCGCAGCUGGACGCGACCUGAACUUCAUCUCUCUUUAUUGAUUUACCGCCAACCACGGCCUCCAGGCGCAAUUAGUGGCGUGGAAAAGUGGUACAGCAUCGCCAAUGAGUGCCCGCAUCUCGGACUGCCGCUCGAACAGGGCGACAUCGAGGACUUGUUCAAUGACGGAGACGAUCGAGAUGGAGAGGACGGAGACAACCACCCAUCACGGGGGCCGCUCAUCCUCUGCCCGCACCACGAAUACGACUUCGACCUCCUUGGCGGCCACUCGUCGACCGGCAUGAAGGCUUGCACGUACCGGUUAGAGGUGCGCGAAAAUGGAGAGUUGUGGAUGGAGGCUCCAGGCGACGUAGGCGACGACUACCGGGUUAUCGGCUUGCGAGCGGUGUCUGAGCGCUUCGCCAAAUCUUUCGACUCGACACCAGACCUUUCCUCUCUCUCGCUCACUGGCUAUCCCGUCUCAGAACCGCUCACCAUCGUCUCCUACUGUCGCGCCAUCCUCCUCGCUCCCACUCCCGCGCUCAAAGUCUCCCUAACCCGCACACUCGUCUCGCUCUUCCGCUCAGGCUCGCUCACCCGCCUCGCCGACUCCUCGACCGACCCGCCUCACCCUUACGAGCCAUACCGCGCUCCUUCAACGGUAGUGGUCGCGUCUGGCAAGACCAAGACGCUGGGAAAGGGCGGUACGGUGGCGAGUCGAGCGAGGAUGCUGCAUUCGCUGGCGAACAUCGAGCUUUGGGCGAUCGACCUUGCUGUCGACCACAUCGCGCGCUUUCACGGCUGGAGACUCGGCGAUCCGGAGGGGAAGAAGGGGAAGAAGAUGGGCUGGGAGUUUGUGGCGGACUUUCUCAAGGUUGCGGAGGACGAGGCGAAGCACUUCUCCCUUCUUGCCGAGCGCCUCGACGAACUCGGCACGCCCUACGGCUCCCUUCCGGUCCACGCCGGCCUGUGGGAAUCCGCCCUCCAAACCUCACACUCGCUUUUCGCGCGGCUCGCGAUUGUCGCCCUUGUCCAUGAAGCUCGCGGACUCGACACAAAUCCGACGCAGAUCAAGCGGUGUAGGAACGCGGGAGACGAACGGACGGCGGAGGUGUUGGAGGUGAUUCACGCCGACGAGUUGACGCACGUCGCAGCGGGCCACCGCCAUUUCACCCGGCUUUGCGCCGCCCUCUCCCCUCCCGCCGACCCCGUCGCCCUCUUCCGCGCUCAAGUCGCCGAACACUUUUACGGCGCCGUCCGAGGUCCCUUCAACGAAGAUGAUCGGGAGAAGGCGGGCUUAGGCAAGGACUGGUACGAGGAUUUGAAGGGGAGAGGGUUCGUGAGAACGGAGGAGGCAAAGGCGAAAGUCGAGCUAGAAGCGUAG